AUGAAAGACCAAUUCUUCAUAACAUCUCUGAUUAUUCCUGGCCCAAGGUCACCAGGGAAUGAGAUUGAUGUAUACUUGCAGCCGUUGAUCGAUGAACUGCUUGAAUUUUGGGUAGAUGGGGUACCUACAUAUGAUGCCUCAACUAAGGAGACGUUUAUGUUGCAUGCUGCCUUAUUGUGGACAAUCAACGAUUUUCCUGCCUACGGGAAUCUGUCUGGCUGGUCAACAAAGGGAAAAUUGGCUUGUCCAUCUUGCAAUGCAGACACAGACUCUAAUUGGUUGAAAUAUGGCCGAAAACAUUGUUACAUGGGACAUCGUCGUUUCUUACCCCCAGAUCACAUAUGGAGAAGGAAGAAAUGGUUGUUCAACAGUAGAGAAGAUCAUCGCAUGCCACCAAGGGAAUUUGGUCCUGAAGAGAUUCAAAUUCAAUUGCAGAUGAUUGGGGAUGUUCAGUUUGGCAAAUCUCAUAGGAAGAAAAAACGCACUGCUGAAGAGCUGAACUGGACAAAGUGUAGCAUAUUCUUCGUGUUACCUUAUUGGUCAACACUUCGACUUCGGCAUAAUUUAGAUGUUAUGCAUAUUGAGAAGAAUAUUGCCGACAACAUCUUAUUCACUUUAAUGAACAGUCUAGGGAAAAGUAAGGAUAACAUCAAUUCAAGGCGUGACUUAGAGCUUUUGGGCUAUAGAAAAGAAUUACACUUGAUAUGGCAUGGUGAUCGUGUAACAAUGCCACAUGCACAGUACACAUUAAACGUCGAGCAAAGGAAUAAAUUUUGUGAGUGGUUGUCUGAUAUCAAAUUUCCAGAUGGGUUCACUUCCAAUAUCUCGAACUGUGUAUCUCGACGUGACUGCAAAAUCUCAGGGUUGAAAAGCCAUGACUGUCACGUUUUCCUUCAAAGACUACUCCCUAUUGCUGCUGGGGGGUAUUUAAGAAGUGACAUUGGCUUGGCUUUGACUGAACUUGGUACUUUCUUCAAAGAGUUGUGCGCUCGAACACUCGAUGUCAACCGCCUGGCCCAACUCCAAACUGAUGUUGUCACCAUUCUAUGCAAACUGGAGAUGAUAUUCCCUCCUUCCUUUUUCGAUGUUAUGCGGUAUGUUAAGAAUAAAGCCCGCCCAGAAGGUUCAAUAGCCGAGGCUUACAUUCACACCGAAUGCUUGACAUUCUGCUCCAUGUAUCUCAAAGAUAUUGAGACGAGGUUUAGUCGACCGGAACGCAACAUUGAUGCUGACGAAGAGGAAACGUUGAUGGGUUCAAAAUUUUCAACCAGAAAGUUCGUCCCUUGGAUCCAGGAACAUCGUACCUCGUAUACACUUGAUGUGUCUGCUGAUCUGUACGCGUUAGCUUGCGGGCCUGACCGUUGGGUUGCAACAUAUGCUGCUUGCAUAAUACAUGGAAAAAGGUUUCAUACGAAACAGCGUGAAUUUCGCCGUCGUACACAAAAUUCUGGAGUGGUGGUAACUGGUGAUGAGGCCACAAAUAAUUUGGACUUCUAUGGAGUUAUUAAUAAUAUUGUAGAGUUACGCUACAUGGAGUGGCGUCGGGUGUACCUGUUUGAAUGCGAUUGGUUUGAUGUUGGUGAUCGAAAACGAGGGGUGCGGGUGGAUGACCAUAUGAUUAGUGUCAACAUGAACAGGACUUGGUAUAAGGAUGAACCAUUCGUGUUGGCGAGUCAGGCUGAUCAAUGUUUCUACAUAAGAGAUUUAAGGGCGAAAGGGAAUUGGGGUGUUGUGCAGAACUAUGCAAAUAGGAAUGUAUACAACAUUCCGCCACGGCCGAGAGUUCUUGAAGUACUUGAUUGGGAAUCAAGUACUCCUGAUGCCGAUCAAGAAGAUGAGCCAUCAUAUUAUUAUGAACCAGUGCAGUGUGAUAACACAGAUCAAGUGGCAACUGAACUGAAUAGGCCUGAUAUACUACCUAGCCAUGUAGAUGCAAGAGAAAUCAUGGAUCCGGUUGGUCAAUGCAUAGAUUCAACAGGCUUUAUUAAUGAUGACAUGAUCACUUCUGAGUCUGGAAAUGCGGCCAGUGAGGGGGAAUAUUCAGAUGAAGAGGACCUAUAA